CAAGAUGGCUGCUUAUUUGUGAGUAGUUUGAACGUCUGUGUUUAAAACUUGUAGUUGCAAGUAAGCACCGGUAAAUUUGAAGCUCAGACAAGAGGUAACUUGGCCAAAAUGAAGUCGGACGUGGAGGACCUAAUGCCGAGGCUGUUGCCUUUUGAGUUUGGAGACAAUAAAGAAGACCUGGACCUGAAUGGACCCCCGAGAAACCCCCAGGAAUACCUGCGACAAGUCCAGCUGGAGGCGUCUUUGUGUCCAGAGGUGGUCGUUGCUCAGAUUGAUCCCAAGAAACUGACAAAGAAACAAACUGUUAAUGUAAAUGUACCAGGCUGUCAGGCUGCUCCACUGGGUUUUUCCCCAAGUCUAAGAUGGCAGCAGCAGCAAGUUAGCAACUUCUCAGAUGUCAGACAGAGAAUCACAAAAAACCGACAACAUUGGAGCAGUCAGACUCUGGAUGAAAAUGUACAAAUGCCAAAGCUGACAGAUGAAGAGGGCUGGAAGAGGUUUUGUUUGGGACAGAGGGUCUGCAUCGACUCCUCAUCAGCCCACACAGAUGCAGGUCCAGAGUUGGAACUCGACUAUCUUAAGGUGGGCUUUCCUCCCUUCCUGAGUAUCGUCAGCAGACUCAACCAGUCUACAGUGCUGACAGUACUGGACAUUCUUAUUAGCUGGUUUGAGGAAAGAGACUUUGUGCCACAGUUGGGUCACUGGUUGUAUGCAUUAUUAGCCUGCUUGGAGAAACCUCUGAUACCUGAAGCCCACUCCUCCAUCAGACAGCUGGCCAGGAGAUGUGCUCAGCUACGCAGCACACUGGAGAGUCUAGAGGAUGACAGAUUGGCUGCCCUUAACCUUCUCAUCUGCCUUGUUGCCAGGUAUUUUGAACAAAACGACCUGGCUGACCAGCAGGAAUCCACAGAUAGCUGAACGACAGAAAUGGAUCAUGAACACAAUUUGUAUUACGUGGUGAAUCUUCUUAUUCGAUUGGAUUCCUGGUGAUACAACCUGCAGCAGCUGAUUCUAAAGCUUGUUACAUUUUACUGGAGAAGUUGUACAUUUUCAGAUGCCAGUGUUUGAGUUAAUGAAUGAAACGUUAAAACUUUUAUUAAAAUAUUUGAGGAUUUGUA